AUUCUGAACUUUACUUAAGCGGUACCGGCAGCACCGUAGCGCAAUACAUUGAAAGAGCUCGUGCUAUACAAGUUCUUCUUUGAAAGCGAGUCAAAACCGCACAUAUGGCAGACACUAGACAAAACUGAUAAGAGUUUAUACAUGCACAUGCGCCGAUAACACAAACAAAAUUAAAAACUAGAAGCAUCUUACUAGAAAUCAACUCUAAGUUCAAUCAGCUCUAUAAAUAGUGCUUGUUCACUUAUCAAGGAGUUUUUUUUUGAUAGAUUAUAGACGCUAAAAUGGCAACGAGCUGCAAAAGUCUAAUGCGAUUGUUAGUAGUUACAAGCUGUGUGGCAACAGCCUAUGCAGUAUCCAGUACAUGGGGAAAUAUUUCAAACUCAGCUCAACUUUUACAUGCUGAAAAUGUGGCAAACGCAUCGUCCCCCGGAAGAUAUGUAAAUCAUGAGAUUAAAUAUCCCAAAAACGGCAUUGGUAACGGGAGAAUCAUAACGGGCAUCCGGGCGUUCGACCAGGUGACGAAUAACACUGGUGGCCAUGCUACAAUUUACUCUGGAGGUCCUGGUUUCAACUUUGUACACAUCAAGCUUCAGUCUCAGUACAACUAUGGCCUAAUAUUUCGAGUUGAAAUUUACGGAAAAUAAAACAAGUUCCCAAAUUGAUUGUAGUUCAUAAGUAAUUGAAUAACAAAAUGCGUAAAAUAAAAUAGUAAGGACUCGAAAAAAAACA